CUAACCACUGCAUAAGAAUCCCAGACCUAUGCCACGAGAAACCCUGCCUCAAGCCUGCGAUGCUUGUCGUCGCCGUAAGAUAAAAUGUACAUCUCACCGACCAUGCAGUCCCUGCCGAUCAAUGGGACUAGAAUGUCGGUCAUCCGGGGCGCGGCGCAAAAAAGGACGCCAGGGUCGAUCGGCCAACAUAUUGUAUGAGCUGCGGACAAACGAGAGCGAGGAGGCACAGUCACCUUCUAAUGCACCAUCACUUGAAAGCCCUAGUAGCACAUCGCUGGGAGACGUCAAACUGCCCAGUCUAUUGAACGCAGCAUUAGUCCACAGUUGCGCGGCAUAUUUCUAUUCACGCAUGCUAGGGACAGUGCCAAUCCUGCAUCCCGAUGCGUUCCAGGCGCAGGUUGAUCGGAUGGACGAGUGUCCGCAUGCACAUUGUCUCGUAGUGGCAUUUUGCGCCUUCGUCCUGACCCAAACGGGAUAUCUUUCCUGUCAUCAGAAUAUCGCCCCGGAAACUGGGCGUGCGCUGCUAGACGAAGCUAUGGCCGCUCGCCGUCAUUUAGACCCAUUUACGGCGCCUAUUCGACUCGGUAUUACCAUCGCAUACCUCCUAUACGGAUGCCAUAUAGGCUGCGGGAACCAGCGUCAGGCCUACUACUUCCUCCGGGAGACGACAACAUUCUAUACAGCCGACGUGCUAGACCAGUCCGCAGACGAGGACCACCCUUCCUUCUCCAGGAAACUAUUCUGGCUCCUCCUAAUCUCCGAACGCGCUCACGCAAUCCGCCGCCGCCGCCCCAUAACCCUGCAAAUCACCCCAACCAGCCCAACCCUAGACACAAUCCUCUCACCCGACCCCUUCACCCUUGGCUUCCGCCACCUAGUCGACCUCUACCGCCCCUUCGACUCAACCUUCCUCUCCCACUGGACAGGCACCCUACCAAUCUGCACCAAGGAAACCCUCAUCAACCUCUCAACCCACCUCCAAAACUCCGUGCCACCAGACCUCGCCCUCCCCGACAUCCUCCUCGCCGACCUCCGCGUCUCCCAACAAUGGCUCCGCACCAUGAUCUGGCAACUUGCCACCAGCGCAGGCUUCCUAUCCAGCACACCAUCCCAUCCGAGCCUCGACUUCCGGUAUCCGCUGCAAAUCGCCCGCGACCUGUCCCUGGCGACGUGGAAGCUGUCUCGCUCGAGCAUGGAGACGCAUGGUAUUGGGCUUAUUGAGAAGAUCUUCGAGGUGGCGUGUACAUUGACGGAUGUGAUGGGGUGUUUGUCGGCGGCUGGGUUGAGGUCUUCGGGGUUUGAGAUGGGGCCGAGGGAUUAUUUGAAGCAUUUGUGUGGGUUGGUGCAUGGGUUGCAUGGGGGACGGGGGAGGUUUUGGACGCUGCUUUUGGGGAAGGUGGGGAAUACUUUGCCCGGGAUGGUGGGGGAUAUUAGGAGGCAUGUUGGGGAGAUAGAAGGGGGAGAUGGUAGUGAGGAGAUGGAAAUGAAGGAGUUAGAUGAGAAGGGCUUGGAUGAGUUGAACAAUGGGGAGAGGGAUUUGAAUUGGGAGGGGAUGAGUCGGAUAGGGGAUUUGAUGCCGGAGGUUGAGGACGUAUUUGGGGUUUGACGAUAGGGUUAUGGAUGUUUCGUAUAAGGUGUUAAGUGUGAUUUUGUACUAGUGCUUAGUGUUUAUUUUGAAAUAAUUCGGCGUGCUAAUGUAUGUUAGAAGCCAAAUUUCGAGGUAGGCGCAUCGUCUUAGAAAACUUAUAUGAUGGUCAAUGUUUACAGCUCGAAGCCUU